AUGUGGAGCUACAUCACCCCCAAAUGGUGCAAUUAUAUCAACUCUAACUGCUUCUUCAGCUGCCACAACGUCUGCCCCCAUUCCUACAUCCCAGCCUGGAUCCCACCCUCCUGCAUCUACAACCCACAGCUCAAUCAAGCAAUUCCUGCAGAAACUCCAGCAAGACAGAAUGCAAUUGACGAGGAGCUUGCCAAGAUGGUGGCACGUGAUUUCCAGCCCUUUUCAAUUGUAGAGGAUGUCGGAUUUAGGAGUUACAGCCAUGCCCUCAAUCCCAUGUAUGUCGUCCCCAGCCGAAAAACCCUGUCACAAAAAAUAAUCCCAGGCCUAUAUGAUGCAGCAAGGGCAUCUUUGCAAGAAAGGGUGAAGAGAGCCUCAGCUGUAUGCUUGACCACUGACUGCUGGACAUCCUGCGCCACCACAUCUUUUAUGUUUGUCACCUGCCACUUCAUUGAAAACUACAGUAUGGUGUCAUCUCUGCUAGACUGUUUUGAGUUUAGUGAGAGAUACACCUCUGAAAACUUGGCUGAAGAGCUUCUCCGAGUGGCAAGAGAGUGGGGGGUGGAACACAAAUUUGUAUGCUGCGUCACAGACAAUGCAGCCAGCAUUACGAGAGCCAUCCAGCUGUUGAAAUGGACACACCACCCAUGCCUAGCACACACCAUUAAUCUAUUUGUGAGAAAUGCUCUGAGGGCUAUGAAGCCCACUGUGGACAAAGUGAAGGCAAUAGUGGAAUUUUUCCACCGAAGCACAGCAGCCACCCAAAAGCUUAAAUCCACCCAGCGACAGAUGUCUAUGGUAGAGCUUAAGCUCAAACAGGAGUGUGUCACCCGCUGGAAUUCUACAUUCCAUAUGAUCCAGCGAAUGCUCGAAUCAAAGGAUGCAGUUAUCGCAACAUUGGCAGUCAUCAAUGCACCUGUGGUUCCUCUCAGCCAAGAGGAGUGGGAGGCUCUGCAAGAGGCCUGCAGUGUCCUGGAGCCCUUCAACCAGGUCACAGUGGAGAUCAACGCAGAGAGGUAUGUUACCGCCUCCAAAAUGCUGAUACUGUGUAGGGGUCUUCAGAGAGUGACAGCAGAGCAUCAGAGCAGAGUAACCACAGAGAGCAUGAAGGAGUUGGUGAAUUCUCUCUGUUCUAGCAUGGACAAAAAAUUCCACCGGAUGGAGUACAACACAAUUCUGUCCGAAACCACCAUCCUUGACCCCUGUUUCAAAAAGGUGGCCUUUAAUGACAACCGAGCAGUCGACGAAGCUCUCCAAAGAAUAACUACAGCAGCAUUAAGGUAUGGGCAGUCAUCUCACCUGCAAGGGGGUCAUGGAGGAGAGGAGGCAGCAGCAGCACUUGAGCUGGAGGAGCCUCAAGCAUCGGCUGUUUGGAGGUUUUUUGAGGAGCGGGCAAGCGGAGACACUGCAACCAGGAAUCCUACAGCUGAUGCUAUUCUGGAGGUGAGGUCCUACCUUGAGGAGCCUCUUUUCCAGCGCAGUGCUGACCCACUGAGCUGGUGGGAGACAAGGACACUGAUCUAUCCACAUCUCUCUCAUGUGAUGGAACGUAGACUGUGCAUAGUGGCAACAUCCGUCCCCUCAGAGAGGAUCUUCUCUAAAACUGGACAGAUCAUAACUGAGAGAAGGAACAGGAUCAGCCCCGCCAAGCUUAGACACCUGGUGUUUCUCAAUGCCAAUCUGUAA